GUGCCGGCGCUUCGGCCUCUUUCUCCCCACGGUUCUAGUUGGAAGAAGAACGCAGUACACACGACCGCUAAAAUGGGGAAGGCACUAGAUCCUUUAAGCUUCCUGAAGGAUUUCCUUGCUGGUGGUAUCGCCGCUGCCAUCUCCAAGACAGCUGUAGCGCCAAUUGAACGUGUGAAACUGCUACUUCAAGUCCAGGCUGCCUCCAGACAGAUUAGUGCCGACAAAGCCUACAAGGGCAUGGUCGACUGCUUUGUCCGUAUUCCUAAAGAACAGGGUUUCCUAGCAUUCUGGCGUGGUAACCUUGCCAACGUUAUUAGAUAUUUCCCCACUCAGGCUCUCAACUUUGCCUUCAAGGACAAAUACAAGCAGGUUUUCCUUGGUGGUGUUGACAAGAAGACUCAAUUCUGGAGGUUCUUCCUUGGUAAUCUUGCUUCUGGUGGUGCCGCUGGUGCCACUUCCCUGUGCUUCGUCUACCCCCUUGACUUCGCUCGAACCAGGUUGGCUGCUGAUAUUGGCAAGGGCCCCGAACAGCGUGAAUUCAAGGGGCUAGGUGACUGUAUUGGAAAGAUCUUCAAGGCUGAUGGCCUCAUGGGCCUCUACAGAGGCUUUGGUGUCUCAGUUCAGGGUAUCAUUAUUUACCGUGCUGCCUUCUUUGGCUUCUACGACACCGCUAAGGGCAUGUUACCUGAGAAGAGUGGUGGUCUUUUCAUUUCUUGGGUAAUUGCUCAGACUGUAACCACCAUCUCUGGCAUUAUCUCUUAUCCAUUCGACACUGUACGAAGGCGCAUGAUGAUGCAGUCUGGACGUAAGGGGGGAGACAUCAUGUACAAGAACACCAUCGACUGCUGGAGGAAGAUUGCUAAAAAUGAGGGUGGUUCUGCCUUCUUCAAGGGAGCCUUCUCCAAUGUUCUCCGUGGUACUGGUGGUGCCCUUGUGCUUGUGAUGUACGAUGAGAUCCAGUUAAUUCUGUUCGGCAGCAAGUCUGGCGGUGGCGAAUAAACUCUUAACUCAAGCCUUGAUAACGGCCUGCUUGAGUGACUGUUUGGGGCAGACACAAAUUAUGGAGGAGGGAAGGACAGGUUUAAGGGCCAAGCAUGUACAAAUCACUUGUUUAAGCCCAAUAACCUGUACCCAGUGUGUAUAGUCUAUAGUUCCAUGAACUGUAUUUACUGUCCAGGAAAUAGAUCUACAGAAUGAUGGCCCUUGUUCAUAUUUUAUAUUCAGUUAAAUACCCACGAAUGGGGAUUUAGAAUAUAGUUUGUACAGAAUCACUAACUGCAUCAGCCACAUCGUCACGAAUUUUCAAUGGCAAAACCAUUCCUGUAAUAAAUUAUCAUAAGUUAAAUAAAAAUUGUAAACAGACA